AUGUCUUUUCAGUGUCGUAGUGUCUUUAUAACUGGAGCCAACCGUGGCAUUGGCUUAGAGCUUGUCAAGGCAUUUCUUAACCUAUCACCAGCUCCAGAACACGUUUUCGCUACAGCACGAAGUCCCGAGUCUGCCUCAGACUUGAAGCAGCUGCAGUCGAACCAUAGCAACCUACACGUUCUACAACUAGAUGUCACUGAUUUCGAUUCCUUUCCUAAAGUCGUGGAACAAGUUGCAGAGAUUCUCGAUGGAAAAGGACUGAAUGUUUUGCUGAACAAUGCAGGAAUACUUGAGCGAUCUCCGAUUGGUGAGGUCACUGUAGAUUCCAUGGUCAACCUUUACAAAACAAAUACCGUGGCUCCUCUCAUGCUGGUGCAGGCAUUCCUACCACUGUUGAAGAAAGCAGCCGCAGAUACUGACGACAAAAGCAGUCUUAAAGCCUGGAUACUAAAUAUGUCGUCUUCUGUUGCUUCUGUGGAGGAGAAUGGUAUGGGUGGCCUGUACUCUUAUCGUGCAAGCAAAACAGCAUUAAAUGUGAUCAACAAGUCGUUAAGCAUCGACCUGAAGCCUUUUGGAAUAAUGGCCAUUGUACUUCAUCCAGGGUGGGUACAGACAGAAAUGGGAGGUCCAAGAGCACUCAUUUCAACUGCAGAGAGCGUCACGGGAUUGAUGAAAGUUAUUACAUCACUUGAUGAAACCAAAAGUGGAAUGUUUUAUAAUCUCAGGGGAGAAAUUGUACGUUGGUAGAAUGACUUGAAUAUCAACAUUUAGUACUGUUUUAGAAAGCCUCCUUUGCAGACGUUAUUAGUAUCGGUCAUAAAUUCCCUCGUCAAAUUCCCUCUCCACUGAGAGGGAAUUUAUGACCAAUACUAAUAAUUUCUGCAAAGGAGGCUAUGUGUUAGACUACUUUAUACAUUGAUCAAUUCCUGGAAGACUAGGCUCACAAGGCACAGAUAGAUAUAGUAAUGUUAUUAUAUUAUUAUGUUAUUAUAUGUUAAUGUAUUUGGAAUAUAAUAAUAUGAUAAAUUAAUAAAUCAUGGAUUAGAUAUCUAGACAUAUUUUAAAGUUGCAGCUACGAAGUUGCAUGAUAAAGAAAUUGAGGUGUUUCUAGCAUGAAAAAACAAAUUGAA